AUGGCAGAGAAAGACACCGGCGACAAGCCGCCUACAGAAAGAAAGAACACGUACAAGGAGGUUGAGCUUUCUGGGAGCGAUGCGAGGGCGAAGCUUGCGGAGUUGAUGGGAACCAUGAGCGUUGCCGGCGUCGAUGGCAAGCCUGCCGAAAAAGAAUAUAAAUUUUGGAAAACACAACCGGUCCCCCAGAUGGGACAGGACGAUCAACUCGACCUGCUUGGUGAUCAUGGUCAGGCCAUUGAGACUAAAACCGUUGACCAGGUAUCGAAGAAACCUUACAACCUGAUUGACUCGUUCGAGUGGUCAGACAUAGAUGUCACCGAUGACAAGCAACUCGAAGAAACGUAUCGUCUUUUGAAUGAAAACUACGUUGAGGACGGAGAUGCCAUGUUCCGCUUUGAUUAUUCCCGGGAGUUUUUGAGGUGGGCUUUGCUUCCACCCGGAUGGCAUCCAACUUGGCAUGUGGGCGUCCGUGUCAAGUCCAAUAAGAAACUCGUAGCCUUUAUUACGGCUGUCCCAGCGACCUUGCGUGUUCACAUGGAUUCCGUGGAAGUGGUAGAGAUCAACUUUCUUUGUGUCCACAAAAAACUUAGAGCGAGGCGACUCGCUCCGGUUCUGAUACGAGAGAUAACAAGACGGGUUAACUUGCAGAACGUCUGGCAGGCAGUAUACACGGCUGGGGCUGUCCUUCCGCGACCCGUCACGUCAUCACGAUACUACCAUCGCUCGCUAAACCCCAAAAAGCUUAUCGAAAUCGGGUUCUCUCGGCUGCAGCCCCGAAUGACGAUGAAUCGCACCAUUAAGCUGUUCGCAGUGAAGCCCAGUGUUUCAACACCAGGAAUUCGUGUGAUGCGUUCGGACGACGUGCCUGCGGCAUGCAAACUGUUGAUGGGAUACCUCGAUCAAUUCGAUAUGCAUAUUGAUAUGACCGAAGAUGAGUUUGCUCACUGGCUGAUGCCUAGAGAAGGUGUUACAUAUUCGUAUGUUGUUGAAGAUCCAGAGUCUCACGAAAUUACAGACAUGAUCUCCUUCUAUUCUCUCCCAUCAAGUAUCAUCAACCACCCAGCCCACAAGACUCUCAACGCUGCAUACCUAUUUUUCGCAGCAGCUGCGAAGACUGCAAUAAUAGACAUCAUGCAAGAUGCUUUGGUUUUCGCGAGGCAGAAUGGGUUUGAUGUAUUUAAUGCGCUUGACUUGGCUCGGCAUUCUGAGUUUUUCAAAGAUCUCAAGUUCCACAUCGGAGACGGAGAGCUCCACUACUACCUGUACAAUUGGAAGUGUCGUCCAAUGGCUAAGGAAACGAAUGCCUUGGUUCUGCUGUAG